AAGCACGGUGGCGGGCGCUGCCGCAGGCAACCGGAUAUUCACGCGUCGUGGCGAGCGCAAGUUGCGCCGGCUCACAUGAGCGAGAGAAACUGCCCGCGGCUUCGCACCCGCGCCACUCUCCUAUGUCUGGGGAGGGCGGUGCUCGCGUGCCGCCGGCGCGGGAGCGCGACCGCGCCUCCGCGAGGGAGCGCCGCGGCUCGCGCUUCCCCCGGCACGGUGCGCCCGUGGCCCGCUCCAUCGGCGCCUCGCGCUGGGUCUGGCGGCGGGGGCGAGGGCGUCCCGCGAUCCGACGGAGGCCGCGCGCCGGCGGCAGAGACCACCAGAGGGCGCCCCCGAGCGUCCUGAGCAAAAAUCAAGACGCGUGCCUCGCCACCACCUGCGCGACGGCGCCGUGCGGGGCGAGGGACCGUGGCCCCUGGGAAUCGGUCCUCGAGAGGUCCGGAGGGGAGCAAGGGGCAGGAUGGUGAGGGAGAGACUGGAUCUGGUGGAUCGGCUCACGGGCCCCGUAUACCCGUGGCCGAUUGGAGCGCCGCCCGCGGGCGCGCGGAAGCCCAUCGGACGUGGAAAGGCACCGCGGCUGACAGCCAGUGCUCGGCAGGAGGGACAAAUCGAGCGGGAGCUUCGGAUGGGAAGCUGCCUGGGGUGUCCCUGGCGUGCCCCCGGCCUCCCGCGCCACUCCUGGAAGCAGGGCAACGGCACGAAUAGAACCUUUCGAGGGC